AUGUCGGAUACAGAAGCAAAGAAGUCUGCAGGGAAAACUUAUGAAGAACGCGUCCAAGCGGUAAACUGCAUCAGUCAACCAUUGGCAAACAAAAAGUCCACCAAGAAGAUUCACAAACUGGUAAAGAAGGCAUCUGGUGUCAAACAUAUUCGCAGAGGGGUAAAGGAAGUGAUAAAGGGAAUUCGGAAGGGCGAAAAGGGACUCGCGAUUCUUGCUGGAGAUAUAUAUCCUUUGGAUGUAAUCUCGCAUAUUCCCAUCCUUCUUGAAGAGAAAGACAUUCCAUACCUCUUUGUCCCAUCGAAGCAGGACCUUGGAGCUGCGGCAAGCACGAAACGACCAACAAGUGUAGUGUUGGUGAAAGAACCAAAUAAGGAUUUUGAUGGCCAAGAACUAUAUGACACACUCGCAAAGGAAGCUCGCUUAUACGAUCCAACUGGAGUUGCAAGGUAG